CCACUCCGCGCCCGGAUUGCAGAGCGGGGAGCGGGCUGCGCCACUGCCCUGCAGGAGUGUUGUGUGCCCCCGGCCCACCGUGUCUGGACUGCGGCGCGAAGGCGCCACAAGCUCCACUUUGCUCCAGGCGCCGAGGCGAGCGGGAUGCGCUGCCGCUGGGCUUCGUGAGAGGCGAGCGGGACUCCCCGCCCCGCAGCCCGGGAGGUGCCGGGGUCCUUUCGGGGUAAAGAGAGAGGACCAAGAUUCUCGACGCUUUCUCCAGGGGCUCUGGGUAGCCCCACUUUUCUCUGGGCUGAAGGAGGGAGGCAGGGCGAGCGAAGCUGCCCUGGCCGUGUCCCCAGGGACUAGUGAGCUGGGGGGAGGGGGUGGCGCAGCAGAAGCCCCUGGGCAGGAGUCUGCUGGGGCGAGGGGCUCGCUGGCGGGCCCGAGGACUAAACAUCCUGGAAGGAACUAGCAUCAACAGGACUGCGGGUCCGGGUCUCCGGACGCGGGGAAGAGCACGGGAGGAUUGCGCUUUGGUUUGGGGGCGAGUGUCCGGUUGCGAGCUGGCCUAUGCUCGGGGGCAGAGGACAGCCCUGGAGUUGGGGCUCCCGGCCCCAGGUGGGUGGACUAGGUGCCCAGAGGGCGAGUCCCUUUCAGGAAAGGGUGUUGCAUUGCGAGGUGUUGUUCGGGGCCGUGGAGAGCCAGGUGGGAUUUGGGGGACUCCUGAGAUGUCGGGGUAUUGGGGACCGAUGCUGCGAGCCGACUACUCUGGGUUCAGCUUCUCGGCUUUGUAACUUGCUGAGCGCCAAGGGGCGGCUUAGAGUUGCCUGUUAGACUCCGGGCUCCGUCCCGGGUCUGCGAGUUUGUACACUAGGGACUCGAAGAGGAAAGCGAGGCAGCCAAGAGGGGCCCGAAAGGGGCCGGGAGCGAUUGGAGCGAAGCUACGUCUUGUACUUUUGGCAGCUGCGGAGGAGCGCUGGGCUCCGCCUCCUCUGCGCCCUGUUGCCGGUGCUGCCUCUUCCCCUAGCUGCGCGAUGUAACCGCACGUUUUCUUCUCUCUCCUAGGCUUCUUUUGGAAGUUCGAGCCCAGUUGGGUCUUUGUCAUCUGAGGAUCAUGAUUUUGACCCCACUGCUGAGAUGUUGGUCCAUGAUUAUGAUGAUGAACGAACUCUUGAAGAAGAAGAAAUGAUGGAUGAGGGUAAAAACUUCAGUUCUGAAAUUGAAGACUUAGAAAAGGAAGGAAACAUGCCUUUAGAAGAUUUAUUGGCAUUCUAUGGCUAUGAACCUACAAUUUCAGCAGUUGCAAAUUCCAGUGCAAAUAGCUCCCCAAGUGAACUUGCAGAUGAACUACCAGAUAUGACACUAGACAAAGAGGAAAUAGCAAAAGACCUAUUGUCAGGUGAUGACGAGGAAACUCAGUCUUCUGCAGAUGAUCUGACACCAUCUGUGACUUCCCAUGAAACUUCCGAUUUCUUCCCUAGACCUUUACGAUCAAAUACUACAUGUGAUGGGGAUAAAGAAUCAGAGGUUGAAGAUGUUGAAACAGACAGUGGUAACUCACCUGAAGAUCUGAGGAAGGAAAUAAUGAUUGGUUUACAGUACCAGGCAGAGAUUCCGCCUUAUCUCGGAGAGUAUGCUGGUAAUGAGAAAGUGUAUGAAAAUGAAGACCAGUUACUUUGGCGUCCUGGUGUGGUUCUGGAGAGCAAAGUUAAGGAGUACCUUGUUGAGACCUCAUUAAGAACUGGAAGUGAGAAAAUAAUGGAUAGGAUUUCUGCAGGAACACACACAAGGGACAAUGAACAGGCAUUAUAUGAACUUCUCAAGUGCAACCAUAAUAUAAAGGAAGCAAUUGAAAGGUACUGCUGCAAUGGAAAGGCAUCUCAAGAAGGAAUGACUGCAUGGACAGAAGAAGAAUGCCGGAGCUUUGAACAUGCGCUGAUGCUUUUUGGAAAAGAUUUUCAUCUUAUACAGAAGAAUAAGGUGAGAACUAGAACAGUUGCUGAAUGUGUAGCAUUCUACUAUAUGUGGAAGAAAUCUGAACGUUAUGAUUACUUUGCCCAACAGACAAGAUUUGGAAAGAAGCGAUAUAACCAUCACCCUGGAGUUACGGACUAUAUGGAUCGUUUGGUAGAUGAAACAGAAGCUCUGGGUGGGACAGUAAAUUCUUCAGCCUUAACUGCUAACCGACCUGAGCCUAUUCCUGAUCAACAGCUGAACAUUCUCAACUCUUUCACUGCCAGUGACUUGACAGCUUUGACCAACAGUGUAGCGACCGUCUGCAGUCCAACGGAUGUGAAUUGUUUGGAUGAUAGCUUUCCUCCACUGGGAAACACACCCCGUGGACAAGUAAAUCAUGUGCCUGUUGUAACGGAGGAGUUACUCACCCUGCCCAGCAAUGGGGAAAGUGAUUGUUUUAAUUUAUUUGAGACUGGAUUUUACCACUCAGAGCUAAACCCCAUGAACAUGUGCAGUGAAGAAUCAGAAAGACCGGCAAAGAGAUUGAAAAUGGGCAUUGCUGUUCCUGAAUCCUUCAUGAAUGAGGUUUCUGUAAAUAAUUUGGGUGUGGACUUUGAAAAUCACACACAUCAUAUCACCAGUGCCAAGAUGGCCGUGUCUGUGGCUGACUUUGGCAGUCUGUCUGCCAACGAGACCAAUGGUUUCAUCAGUGCCCACGCCCUGCAUCAGCAUGCCGCCCUUCAUUCUGAGUGACUCAAGUGAGGGGCCCGGAAACAGUGGGUGUGCAGUACCAGUAAACUUGAGGAAAGUAUCAGGUUUGCUUAGUCUUUCACUGGAAGUUUGAACCUUUUUCACUAUGACAUCAGUGAUGUCAGUAUGUAUAGAACUAUAUCUUGAUUUAUCAAGAGUAUUUUCAUUUUCAAUCCAUAAAUGUGGAAAUGAACUAUGAUCAGCAGAGUUGGGAACUAAGAUUGAACUCUGGUGCAGCUUUAAGCUCUGCUUAUCUCUUCCUCAUCCCCAGUACCUCUUCCCUACUCCCUUCUUUUUCUAUUCUUUUCUGUUUCCCACUGCCCUCACUCCCAAUUUUAAAACCUGUAGACAGAGGCCACCAGCUCAAAACCAGCACAGAUGUUCUGAACUGAAUGGAGUGGCUUCUUUUCGUGUAAAUUCCUUUUGCCGUAAUGGAUGCAGUGGAAUAACAAUGUUUACAGGUACCGAUCCCGAUCCCUGCUUAAUGUAGCAUUUUUGGUUUUAUUUUCUUAAUUAAAUAAAAGCAGGGGUAGGUUUCUUUAAACUGCACAAACAUGCAAGGAUUUUUUUAAAAUGGAAACUUCUCUCAUGUUAUUCAACUAGAGCACUUCAGUUUACAAAACAGCAAGUCCAUCUUUAUGGAAGCCAGCACGAGGAACUGUGUGCAAAUUAUGAAGACGCUUGCUUGGAUCCUGUUUCAGAAUUUUAGACCAGGUGUACCUUACACAGAAUUGGUCAUUUUACUGCCAGAAGAUUUCUGUGUAACUUCAUUUAUUGGCUAAAAAUUUGGCAUUUGAAGAUGUGGUAUUCACAUGGGGUUUUGUCCACCGUUAUCAAGAUUGUAAUCAUAAAAAUCAUACUGGUCAUUGAUAUUUUAGUUUAUCCUGAGGCAGUUGACUUGCAGGGCACAGUCUACAAAGCCUAGGAUGUUGCCACUCAUUGGUUUACAUUUUGGGACACCUCUUAAGUUGUUUUGUAGCACUGCAGUUCAGAGUGUUAAUAGUUAGGAGGGAUUUCUCGAUUUUACACAUAAGGCAGUAGAACCUUGAAGUAUAUUUAAACUUAACUGUUUAGCUUGAACAGUUGGCAAGAAAAAUGUGAGUUCCUAGCUGAAAUAGAAUGGUACGCUACCACUUUAAGUUUUAAAAAGUGUUUGACGUUCAGAUGCAUCUCAAACUCAGUUUUAUUUUUAUUCCAAACAUUGUGAAUGAGAAGCCAUUGUCAUAAACUUUGGCCAUUUUUGCUCUGUAGAAAUGCAUCUUUAAGUUAUAAGGUGAAUUCAAACAAUAUGUAAUGCAGUAUUAGGAUAUGAUAAGCUUUGCUUUUAUAGUUCAGUUAAAAUACAGAAUUUUACUUUUUUUUGCACCGUCUUAAUUAAAAUUUUCAAUUUCUAUUAGUUGUCUUGCUUUGCAAAAAACUUAAGUGUUUGGCUGCAUUGCUGAUAUUUUUAAGUAUAAAUCGCUUCAAGGUUGUGCUGAUGAGUAGAUAGAAUGUAGUGACCUUAGUAGUGAUGGAAAGGGAGGGUAUUUAUUACACAAACUGUGAACUGCAAUGACAUCCUUAGUUUUGGAUGAUGUGUAUUCUUGUUUUUCUUUGCAGCAUUUUAAUGAAGAUUGCUUUGAAGUGUUUACGCAUUAGCACAUUUACUAUAAAAGUUAGUUUAGCACAGUGGACAAAAGUAGUUAAAUUAAUAACUUAUAGUCCAUCUCUAAUUUAUACAUCUGAAGUCUAGCAUUCCUGUAUGCACACAGUAAAUAAUGGGUAGCCUGGGCUCUGUGUUGCUUUCAGAUAUUUUUAUCCAAGUUGUCAGCUUCUUAUUGCUGUGGUGUCGUGCUAAACUUUGAACCUGAUUUCUUUUGUUAAAAAUGAGUACACCUAUAAUUUAGUAAGAUACUGGCCAUUAUCUUCCAUUGUUAUAACUUUAAUUUUUACUCUGGGUUUACAGUGGCUGGUCUGUAUAAAAUAAUUUACACAAAGAUGACUGAAUGCUAAUACCAGUUGCACUUAAAUGAACAUGCCCAUUCUCAGUAGCUGAUGCAGUAAUAUAUUCAGUUUAUCUAUGCAUUGCUGGGAUCUUGAUAUAAGAUGGAAACAGUGUUUCUUAUCUAAAGUUUUGAUUAUCAGCAAGUUGAAUGGACACUUUAGUUAUUUAAAUAAAGAUUUUUGACCAAAAUCCAGAAAUGAUAUGAGAGAAAAAGAAAUUCCAGCUAGUUUAAUAGAUUUUUAAACACCAGUCUGAUUUUAGCCUCUUAGAGAGCUCUAACUAGCUGGUAACGUUUACUUUCAAUUCCUUGUUAAAAUGAGGCAAUAAUUUGCAAGAUUUUUGUAUAUAUAUGUAAAUUCUUCAUAUCUUUUUAGAUCUAAUUCAAUAUUUUCUGACUGCUUCCUCCAUGUAUAAUACCAUUUUUGUGCAUGCUUGAUGUGACAUUCAUAAAUUGUACCACUAUGACUUUAUUCAUGUAAAAUAGCUAUUUAUUGAAUUUCCUUUUAAAUCUGGACUUACUGGUCUUUUUUUUUUUCUUUCCGUUUGAGCAUCUUAACAGAGAAUUUGUUGCUGUUUAUUAGAAGAAUUGCGUUUGAAAGCAUGAAAAUAACUGAUUUGCAAUCAUAUGGAGAAACAAUAAUGCCUUUAUUAUCAAGUGUUAAGCACAAUUCUUAUAACAAACUGUGAUAAAUUCUUUUUUCUUUUUUCCUUUGUCACAUUAUUUUCGUAUGAACAAACCAAAAAUCCACGGUGAGCAGUUGCAGUGUUGGCUGAUGUGUCUUUCAUGUACAGGGGGUUUGAAGAGGACAGCGGAUUCCUUUAGAAGUGAAACUGGUGCUGUGAUUAUAGCAAUACUUUACUUUUGUUAGUCGUACUCCACUUUUUCAUGCUAGCUUUUUCAGUGUUUAAUUUUCCUCUUGUCAUGGUCAACUGCUGAAUUUACUUGAAGGAUGUAGAAUACUGCUUAAAAAAUACUAAAUUGUAUACAAUUAGGUCAAAGAAUUGUGCAUUUGUUUCCUUUUUAAUUUUUACAAUUGUCGGUCAUAAUAUUUGAGAACAUCAGAUCUAAUAGAGCAUAGUGAUACUGUUUAAUUUAACCAAAGUCUCUAGUGAAUAUUUCAACUUUGAAUGUAAACUAACAAAUAAACCUGACCACCAAGGAGAUUGCCCAGAGUUUCAAAGCACAUUGUCUACAGAUGGAAAUUGAAAUAAUUUAUAAAAAUAUUGACAUUACUAUGUUUUUUAAAAAGUUCUUAAUUUUUUCACUAAAAGGAGGAAACUAUUAGUUUUAUUGUUAAAUAUGGUAGAUAUUAAAAUUCCUCUUAGAUGACCAGUGAUUCCAAUUGUCCCAGUUUGAAAUAAGUACCCUGUGAGUAUGAGAUUAAUUAGUGACAAUCAGAACAAGUUUUAGUAUCAGAUGUUCAAGAGGAAGUUGCUAUUGUUGCAUUGAUUUUAAUAUUUGUACAUAAACACUGAUUUUUUUGAGCAUUAUUUUGUAUUUGUUGUACUUUAAUACCUGGUGUACAGUUCCAGAAAUAAAAAUCUGGAAAUCUUUU